AUGCGUGGAGGACCAGACGAAGAAGUAGCCGAGAGGAGGCGUUGGAUCGAAGCGGAGCAGAAGAAAAUCAACGAUAGCGUGCAAGCCCUGAUAAACAAAAGGAAGCUGUACAAACCGGUCGGGACGUCCGAAAAGGAGGCGGAGGGUAAGAAGAAGACGAAGGAGGACGAAGAAGUAGCCAAGCUUGUAUGCACGAGCAAAGAACUGCUCAACCUGGAGAAGAAGAAAAAGUCGGACGUCUCAUCCUCCUGCAGUUCCUCCGCGUCCUCGUCAUCGGACGAAGAGGUGGAGAACGAUGGAACGGGGCAAAAAGGAGCUGAGAAAAGUGACGGAAGGAGGCCAAUGGCGGAGAAAGAAAGGAAAGCCUACACCGAGAUCGCUCCCGAGCUUUUGUUACCCCGGAGAACAGAGAUAUUGGAGACACCACCGAAGUUGAUAGAAGAAAUAACGGAGACGGAGGAAUACGCGGUGGGAUACGUUGAUCCGAAGAGGCAAGGAAAGAAAAUUUUGGACGAGCGAAGAAGCAUCAACGAUCCACGAGGUGGUUAUGCUCUGGGAAGAGAACUGGCCCAUUACGAGAAACUUGUCCUGGGGACGACCAACGAGACCGAAAUUGCUCCUGGAUCUUGCAUGACCGACCAGAACAAGGACGACGAUACAAACGAUCAAACGAAGCUUUUUAAAAGUUCGUCCAUUUCCCGCGACAAUUUGGACUGUAAUGACAUCGUGAAAAAUAAGGAAAUGAAAAUUAUGGAGAAUCAAGGCUCGUGCAAGGACAUCAUAAACGAUUAUCAAAGAAAGAAUGACAGACAUCCUUUGAGCAGUCAGUUGAGCGGAAUACGAAAGGACAUGAAAGAGUUCUGUGCCGACAUGGACAAGUUCGUCGAGGAGAAUAAAAUCUGCUUUAAGAAUGGUUACGAAGAGAAACAGUCUUCGAUAUCGAUAAAAGGAGAGGAUAAUUUUAAAGGGUGGAAUACGAAGGAAAGAAAGUCGAAGGUUGUGGAAAUUAUGAAACGAAGAGAAGAAGAAGCAAAGAAGAAAACAGAGGUUACAGUGGUUACCGAAGACUUGCAUAACAUUAGAAAAACUGACAUCGUUGAAGAUGAUCCAGAAAAAGUUUCGGACGAACGAGCUUCGCAGAAUAAAAGAGCCGAAGAAAAGAAGAGGGAAGUUACAUCCUCGCAAGGAGUUUACGACAUGCUAAAUUUAAAGUUGUGUUCCAAGCUUAUUAUGCAGGAUGUAAAAACUUACCCCGAAAAUGAAGAUAAUUCCACGUUGUGUAAAUCGCCUGCAAAAGAAAAAAAAGAAGAAGCACCUAUGGCCGUGUUUCAUUCUCUGUUUCACGAACUGGAUCAUAAAAAUCUAAAAAACACUAAAUUCGAGAGGGCGCCGAAAUCGCACAGCUCUCACGAAUUAUUUGCUAUAGAAGAAACCGAGGAGACUGCCGAAGAAAUUGCACGAGAUUCCAGUAGUGUAAGAAGAUGCGUUUCUACCGGCACGAUUCUGUCAAACACAAACAAUUUAAAGACAGAAAACAAACGAUGUUCAAUUAAAAAAGAACCUGUUCAAACUGAUAUAUUGGAAGUGAAUUCUGACGAGGUCACAUUUGUGAAUUCGACCGAUGACGAUGACUCGGAUAACGAAUCCGUGAAAACUGUGAUUGAUCUCCAUGAGAGACUCGUACAAGUUAACGAGGAAACGAUGUGUUCUGUUAAGAAAUUAGAUGUUGUUGGUAAUGUACUAGAAAAGAAGGAGUCUUCGAUAAAUGUCCAGGUUGAAAAAAAUAAGGAAAAAGGUCAGAGUUCUGAUAUUCAGGCUUUAAAUGCACUGAUAGCUUCGUUCCGCGCGGAUAAGUCGAAUCACGUUUCAAAAUCUUGUAAAAGAGCACACGAUUGUGAGUAUUUAAACGUGGCCAGCAAAAAGUCGCAUUUAAUCGAAGACGUGGAUUCUGAAACAAAUCCGAACGAUCGAGAUAAUGGCAGAGACACGACGAAUAAAUGUAAAAAGCAUUUAAUGAGAGAGGCGAGAAAAUUUAUGAGAAAGGAAUCGUCGUUGAUCGACAAAUGCAUAGAGAAUUUGAUAACGAACAAAGCUCAGGGAAAUUGGAAAUCCACCGACUGCGAUCAGACAGAUUUUUUAACGAGUACGGCGGUAGGUUUAAUUUCAACAAAAUGUUCUUCUCUCGAUAUUUCAGAAAAUUCUAGAAAACCUAUUUCAUCCAACGAACGAUCGCAAGAAGAAGAAUCCGUACGGAACGACAAGGACAUACAAUCGAUCACGCAGCUUCUGAAAGAGUCUGAAAUUGCCGAAAAACGAGAUUCGUUGAUAAUGAACGGUCUGGAUUUCUAUCAAGAAUUUUGUCAGCAUUUGGAGCAGCUAAAGAGCGGCAGGAAGCUACUGAUCGAACCAGAUUUCAUGAAGGGCAGCAAAAUAGAUCUCGAGGAAAAGAAACGCGACGUUCUAUCGUCAAGGGAGACCAAACAGUCGAAAAAGAAACAAACAAAGCCAUUGAUCGAGGAGAUUUCACAGAAUCCAACAAACGUAGACGACAUUGAAGGACUUGAAGAACCACCUGUCCAUGCUGAAGAUUCUACGAUGGACACGGUGUUAAAAGAUAGAAUAUUAAAGAGUAUAAGUGCUCCAAAAAGCGAGGAACAAAUGGAGAAGGCCAGAAAAUCGGCUGAAAAGUUGAUGAAGAUUUCCAGGGACGCCAUGGCCGUAAGAAAAUCGUUCCUUCAGCAAUCAUCCGUCACCUGCAAUCAGGAACUUCAAUUCGACGAUAGUAGAAAAUUCUUCAUGAACCUGAUGCGGAAGGAUCCUGUACAGGACAUCAACGACGUUGAUCUCGCGCAGUGCGCCACCGAAAAGAAUGAAUUGAACGCGGAAACUGAAAAAGUUGUAGAAAUUUCGGAUAGGGACUCAGAGACAAAUGGAAUACCGGAAGCACUAUCGAUCGACGAUAUUGGUAACCAGGAAAACGAAAUUUCAGACACAAAAGUCUGGAAAACGAGGAAAAAUUUGGAAAUGCAGAAAGGGGACAGAGAAGGUGAAAAGGGGAAUGACGAGGGAGUAAACAUAGAUGAACGAGGAAAGUCGACGGUACAAGUAAAAACACAAUCGUACGAAAGAAUCGGCGAAAAAAUAAAACUUCUAAGGAGAGGAGCUAAAGACAGAAAAGAAGAGAAGAAUACGACGAGGGAACUUCUGGGACGACAUUUUCGUCGAGAACACGUGCCUUCCUCGCAGGUUCGAGAACUCUUCGGUGUUGGACCGAUACUGGAGAAAGAUCUGGGACUCUGCUUUGGCGAGAGUAUAAGAGGAACUCUUCUCGGUCUCGCUGCUUCUAUAUAG